AUGGACUUCUCUCUAUGGGAGGCUGACAAUGCGUAUUCUGAUGCUAGCGCCGAAGUUGACGAGCUAAAAACAUAUCUAGAUCCGAAAUUAUGUGUUGAUGACGAUAAUAUUUUAAAAUGGUGGAAAACAAACCAUUAUGAGUUUCCAAAUUUAAGUAUUUUAGCUCUUAAAUUCCUGGCUAUCCCUGCUUCGUCGGCUAGCAGUGAAAGGGCGUUUUCAGCUGCUGGUAGGGCCUUUGAGGAGAGAAGGACUCGUUUAAAGCCAGAUAAACUGGACGCCUCUUUAUUUAUAUAUCAUAAUUAUUCACUUUGUGAUAAUUUUGAUAAUGAUAUUGAUGAGGUCAAUAUAUAA